UAAGUUAUUCGGGCUUACAUUUUUCUUGAUCUUGGGCUCCUGCUGUUUGGCGCUUUUCUUCUGGUGCAGUUGACCCCCAAAAAAUCACACUCACCAUUACCCAUUAUUCUCCUCCGUGCGCUACUGAGAGCUUGAAGCGAGAAACGGAAUUUUGCCUUUGAGGGGAUUCAGCGACAGUUUCGAUGAUGUCGUGGAGCAGGUUGCGGCUCGGAAUGGAGGGCGACGGCGAGGAGUUGACGGCGCAGGAGACUGCUUUGUAUGACCGCCAAAUUAGGGUUUGGGGAGCCGAUGCUCAAAGAAGAUUAAGCAAAGCUCAUGUCUUAGUCUAUGGAAUGAAAGGAACUGUAGCUGAGUUUUGCAAGAAUAUUGUUCUUGCUGGAGUAGGUAGUCUGACUUUAGUAGAUGAUCGGGUUGCCACUGAGGAGGCAUUUUCCUCAAAUUUUCUCAUCCCUCCUGUUGAGGAUGUGUAUGGUGGAAAGACCCUUGCGGAGCUUUGUUGUAAUUCUCUUAAAGAUUUCAAUCCUAUGGUUCGUGUUUCAGUUGAGAAAGGGGAUUUGUCAAGCUUUGGUGUUGAAUUCUUCAGCAAGUUCAAUGUUGUCGUCGUCAGUUGUUGCUCACUUUCAGCCAAAAAACUGGCUAAUGACAAAUGCAGAAAGCUAUCAAAACGUGUAGCAUUUUAUGCUGUUGACUGUAGGGAUUCGUGUGGUGAAGUUUUUGUUGAUUUGCAGGAUUAUAAAUAUUCAAAGAAAAAACAGGAUGAAACCAUUGAAUGCGAUCUGAAAUAUCCUUCUUUUGAGGAUGCAUUGUCAGUACCUUGGAGGUCACUUCACAGGAGAAUGUCAAAGCUGUACUUUGCAAUGAGAGUAAUCGAAAAGUUUGAAGAGGCCGAAGGACGUAGUGCUGGGGAAGUUUCAAUUGCAGAUCUUUCUGCUGUUCUGAAGCUGAAAAAGGACCUAUGCACCGCACAAUCUCUCAACGAAUCUCAUGUGCCUGACACUCUUUUAGAAAGAUUGGUGACAAAUGCAAAAGAAUUUCCUCCUGUUUGUGCCGUUAUAGGGGGCAUUCUUGGACAGGAGGUUAUCAAAGCAAUUUCUGGAAAAGGAGACCCCCUCAAGAAUUUUUUCUUUUUUGAUGUUUUCGAUGGGAAGGGCAUUAUAGAGGACAUCUCUGCGAAUUGAUUAAUGGCUGAAUUUUCGGUAAUCUAAAUCAGUGACGCAAGAUUUUGCCAAAAACAGCACAGAAAACUAGUAAAGUUGUAAGAUCUAUAAGAAGAAACUGACCCUUCUUAUUAACUACUCAUAGUUUCGUAGUUGGUAAUUAUUUAUCUAGACUAAUGACAGUUACAGUUAGGAUCUUCUAGCUAUGAAGACACUAGUCACUCAACUGUAUGUAAGCACUUUUGACCGUGGAUUGUAUUUCAUCAUCGAAUGGCUUUUGAAGUUAUGAAGCCUUAUUUUCCU